GUCAAUGGAUCGUAGCUUUACAGUGUAAACUAAAGGGUGCAGUUCUGUUCCGUUCUUUAGUCAUGUGGGGUUGUCAGAUUUGACAAAGUGAACUUGUUGUCAGACGAACAUCUGGCAUCUUUUAAAUGUUUCCAGAACAGUAACUCCAGACAAGCGCUGAAUACACAUUUGUUUGCUUGGGCAUUUCGAUUUGUGGAAAAAGAUAAACAAGACUAUCAAAAUCAUUAGAGGAAAGACUGGUGGAAUUGGUGGAAUGCAGAAACAACAUCCCACUGAAUCAUCUUCACAGGAUCCUGGAAUAAUCCUGGGAAUGAUUCAGAAAAUGAAUCCAUUCAGGUUUUUCUCACAGAACAGAACCAGUGAACCUCUAAUAGUCUCUGCAGCAGCACACACAGAUGAGAAAACACAGGCCAACCCUGAAUUUCAAACAUCAAACAUGACAGAAGUUCUUUCGUCCAGCGAAGGCAGCCCUCUAGAUAGUGAGGAUGAUGAAGAUGGUUUGCUGGCUUGGUGGAGAAUUGUGGAAGGUUGGGGAGAAUGGAAUGAGGCAACUCAGUUUAAUGAGAAAGAUGGAGAAAAAGCAAUAGAAGCAGCAGCUAACAGAGUCUUCAUGGCUGCCAAACUCUUCGUUCAUCUGCUCGACCAGAGGGAGGCGUCGCUACAGCAGCGGAUACUUGAUUUAUUAGCAUUAGCCGAUGCGGCAGACAACUUCCACAAGAAAACGGUAACCGCUAGCGUUGGAGGCGGGGUGGCCAGCGUAGCCGGAAGUAUCACCACCAUCACUGGCCUGGUGAUGGCGCCUUUUACCUUUGGGACUUCUCUUAUUGUAACUGCGGUGGGCAUCGGUGUUGCGACCGCUGGUGGAGUGGCAUCUGCGUCUGCAAAUAUCACAGACACUGUUCACUCCAACACAGACAGGAAGAAGGUGGAGAAGAUGAUCCAAGACUACCAGCACGAAAUUAAAGAUAUUAAAGAAUGCUUAGACUUUCUCCAGGCUGGUAUGGAGACUCUGGAAGAGUGGAACUUUGAGCGGUACAUGGACAGCAUCUCCAAAAAGGCUCUGAACAUGAACAUGAAACACGUGUUGAAAGAGGGUGGCCGGGCUGGGAAAGCUCUCCUCGUCAACACUGAAAAUCUCAUCAACACGGUCCAGAUUCUCAGUGUAGCGGGAGGAGCAGCCAAAGCUGCCCAGGUCAUAAGCGUCACCACAGGCGUCAUGUCAGGUCUUUUCUUGGCCCUGGAUGUCUUCUUCCUGGCUAAGGGAUCACUGGAGCUAAGGAAGGGGGCCAAGACAGAGUUUGCGACUAAGAUCAGAGAGGUAUGCAAGGAGCUACGGGAUGGACUGCAAGAACUGAAUUGCAUCAAGCAACAGCUGCAGAAAAGCAUGGAUGGGGUUGAGAUGGUGAUGGAUGAGGAUGAUGAUGAUGAGGAGGAGGAAGAGAAAGAAAAUGAAUGAGAACUGGCCAGCUAGAGGAAUAAGCUAUAGUAAUAUAGUAAAUGGGUGAAAGUAAAAGGUCACCAAGCAGUUAUAGAGAAAUAUAUAUAAAGAAUAUUUCUAUUGUUCUCCAGUGGUCAUUCUAUUUUCAAUAGUUUUGGUUUUCUUAUCUAUUUGUUCUCUUUUAUUCAUUGUAUAUAGCCAGAGUGAAGAGAGCAAAAACUAUUAUAUUAUUUUAGAAAAAACCCUUCCUCAGACACAUGCUACACCUUGCUCCACUCACAAAUGAAUAUGCAAAUAUGCAAAUGCAUUUCAUUCCAAACUGUGACAGAGCCCUUUUGGUUUUCAAAAAAAACUAAAAUAAUUCUAAUAAUAAUAAAUGUGCAAUAUUAAUAAAAAAAAAAACUAGUAAAAGUACUUUGUAGGUACAUAAUAAUAGCAAUGCAAUUAUUUUUGUAAAUGGCAGAACCAAAUAAUAAUCAUAACUAUAGGUGGUGGUGCCUUUAACAGCCAUUCGCAGAAGUCUCUUAUAAAUGCGAGAGACUUCUCAAGCCGCAGGUAACACAGAAAAUUGAAAUUAAAAUUGUUUCACAAUUGUAGAUGUUAAUCAUAAUUUCAAAAAGUAUGACUUGAUUGCUGACACAUUUCUGAUCAUGCUCACAAUGUCAGUCAACAACAGUAGCGUACGGUCAAGUUCAGUGCGUCCUCUUGUGCUUAACCCUCUCUUGUCCUUGGCAUACAUGUUACCCAACACAUUAUAUCACAGUCGCAAUUUGCAAUAAUUGUUUUAUCAUAAAUAACCAACAUUUCAAAUGUAAAAUGUACUACAAAUAUAUAUAGUUUUUUUUUAUUUUUUACACUGUAAAUGCUUCCAAUUUACAUUAAAAUAUAUAAAUAUGUACAACAUGUAUUUAUGUAUGUGUCUGCAUUUGUGUAUGUGCGUGGGUGGGAGAGCUGUGAUUCAGGUUGCUUCAACCACACACACACACACACCCACACACACACUUAAUGUGUUUGUAAUGUCAAUGUUAUAAUGGACAUAAUUUAUGUUGUUAUAUGAAAGCAUGGACAAACUUAAAUUGUUAAGUUGAUACUAAUUUGCCUUUAAGUUGAGAAAAAUACAAAAAGAAAAAAGAAUAAAAUAAAAGUCCUGAAGCUGGUUGCCAAAGUUUCUCAACUUUUGAAUUUUUACAGUGUAUUUCAUUUAAGUGGAAUAAACCUAAUUGUAUUAUGUUGGAUUUACUCAGUAUUAUUGAGCUGUUCAAAUGGUGAUAUCUUCAAAGUCUGGCAGUAACAUUGAAAUGGUUAAAGGGAAAUGGUGCUGGUGAUAUUGAAUUUGUGAGAGUAGUUAGCAGGUUCAAUGGGCUCGAGGAGGAAAGGGUCCUCAUUUCAUGCAUCCUCCUUCCCCAAAAGCCAAUGUCCAGGAAAUGCUGAAGUGCCUAAAAGACAAUGAGGUUGACACUGUUCACCCCCCUAUUGCUCAACUACUAAACUUCUGUCCACAGCCACAAUGAGCAUUUUUCAUUUUAAGGGUUAAAACUUGUGAAAUCCAGACUUCAAAGUCUAUGUAAUGAACUGAGGCUUUCUGACCUACUACUCUCAAUUGAG